AUGGAGACAAAACGCUUGCAGGUGCCCGUCAUCGGCCUGCGCAGGUCCGGCAAGAGUUCCAUCCUCAACGUCGUCUACAACGAAGUCCAUCCCGACGACACCGUCUUUCUCGAGUCCACCACCAAGCCAAGCUUCAUCCAUUCCGACAGCUUCCUCCCAAUACGCAUCAUCGAUACGCCGAGUCGAGUGCUUCUUGGCGAUGUUCGCCUGGAGAAGGGUAUCCCUCUAAGCACGGCAGCCGGCGCUCGUGCUGGUCCUCCGCCGCCUGUCCCAGCUCGAAACGCUCCUGUCGCACAAACACACAACGGAGCGAUAGCAUCUGGAUCAGCCGCAGGCUUAAUUGCAGCAGGAGCAGCACCCGAGCUUCUCGCGUGGACCGACGUAUCCGCAGUAGUCUUCGUCAUCGACUCGCAGGACGACCACUACGAGGCACUCUCCAAGCUGCAGUCCAUCAUCCUUUCUGCCUUCGCCGAGAACCAGACCAUCGAGUUCCACGUGUUCGUUCACAAGAUCGAUGGCUACUCGGACGACUAUCGUCAAGAUACGCUGUCCACCAUCCAGGGCAAGGUGCUGGACGAUCUGGUGGACAGCAGUCCGAGCUUCGUCGCUCAGCCGUGGUCGUAUGCGGAACCGCUGCCAGUCAAGGAGAGCAAGGGUGCAAAGAAGGACCGCAGUCGGAGCAAGAGCAAGGAUAUGUUUUCACGUUCGCCGGCUGCAGCGGGAGGCACUUCGAGCUCGGGUGGAGGUGGAUACGAUGCAAGCGCUUCAGAGUUCUCGAGCUUUUCGGGCGGAGGUGGGUACCGGUCGGACGUUGCACCAGAGCCAGGACUGAUCAACUUGGAUCAGGCGGUGAGACUGCAUUGCCACGCCACGUCGAUCUACGACACGAGCGUCUUUGUGGCGAUAAGCAAGCUGCAGCAGAGUUUGGCACAGAAGUGCAAGCCGGAGGAGCCUCUGGAUGCCGAACCUGUGCAGGCGGCGUCGAACGGCGCCGGGGCCGGCGAUGCGAGCUCCUCCGCGGCAGGUGAAAACGGCAAGCCGACUCGACCAGCAGUACCGACGCUUCGACGCAACCUCACGCUCGCCGAGUCGAUGGAACAGGUCUGCGACUCGAUCUGCUCCACCUGUCGAUUCGAGAAUGCUUUCCUGUUCGACCUGCCGACUCGCACAUACAUCGGAUCCGACUCGGCGCCGUUUGACGCAGCAUCGUUCGACCUCGUCUUCGACUACGCCGGCUUCCUGGCGAAGUUCGCUGGUCUCUAUGCCGGCGUUCAGGACCCAUUGGCGUCAUCGCAGCAACCAGGAGGAUCGGCAACACCGUCCACGCCGGCAGGGUCAGCUUUCCAGCUCUCCACCUCGCCCUCGUCUGCCCGCCGCUUCUUGCUGGGCAGGAUGUCGAAAGAGUCAGCAAAGAGCACAGAUUCACCUGCUUCGGCCACCCCGACAAAAGCAUCCUCUGCAGCACCAAGGUGGGCCAGCUCAGUGACCCGACUGCAGCCAGACCGCACGCUGUGCUUCUACCAAAUCACACCGCGGCUGGCAUUGAUUUCGCUCAUGCCUUCCGACGUGCAUGCGCGACAAGCGGGACUGAUCGAUUACAACAUCACGUUCUUCAGAAGGGCCGUGCAGGGGUUGUACGGUUUGGCGCAGACGAGCACCUAA